AUGGUCACUGUGAAGGAGCGAAAAUCUGCAAGUGAUCCUGUCUGUGAUAUCCCUGGUCCUGUUCUUCUUCCAGGCUGUGAUAAUAUUUGCCAAUCAUGCUUAUCAGAACUCAAAGAAGGUCGUACUCCUGCAGACAGUCUGGCAAAUGGUCUAUGGCUUGGAGAGGUCCCACCACAGCUACAAAAUUUGAGUUUCACUGAGAAAAUGCUGAUAGCACGUGUAAAGCAUAACCACUGCAUUGUCAAGGUCCAUAUGUCAGGCAUGUCCAAGCUACGUGCUAAUGUGGUCAGCCAUUCACUUCCCAUGCCCAAGAUAUACUCAGUGCUGCCACCUAGAUGUGAGGAAUUGAGCGAAGUAUUAGCAUUCUUAUAUCUUGGACCUAAUCAGCCAACCUCCAAAGAGUAUAAGCGCACACCCAUGCUCGUACGGCGUAACAAAGUGGUGGAUGCGCUUGAAUGGCUCAAACUCAAUCACAUUGACUAUGCUGAUCUCGAGAUAUCUUAUGACAACAUCAAUUCAUAUCCUGAGGAUGAGCCACCUGUGAUUGUAAAUUACUCAAAGAGCAUGGAGUCCAAUGUAGAUCCCGAAGCAUCAGCUGUAAAUUACAAUUGA